CCAAAACGAUAAACCAGAGACGGAAACAUCUUCUUCCUCCUCUUCUUCUUCGCUCGGCUUAGCUCAGCCACCAAAACACACACGUUCUCUCCACAAACAAAACAUGUCCACCACAUUGUUCAGAACAAUCCAACCAAACCACUUCACACUCCUAACAACCGCCUUGCUCAGAACCAGAACAAAAACGAGCCGCCACAUCUCCGUAAGAUGUCAAACAUCAACGACCACCCAACAACCAAGAACCUCCGCCCCGAAAAACCACGGAAGCAACAAACUCGACGAGAUCCUAAAAGACUACGAAGCAGUGAUCGGCAUCGAGACCCACGUCCAGCUCUCGACCUCCACAAAGGCCUUCUGCAGCUGCCCCAACAGCUACGGCUCGCACCCCAACACCAGCAUCUGCCCCGUCUGUAUGGGCCUCCCCGGAGCCUUGCCCGUUCUGAGCUCGAAAGUCGUCGACUUUGGCGUCAGACUGGGCCUAGCCCUUAACUGCUCUCUCUCCCUCAAGUCAAAGUUCGAUAGGAAGCAGUACUUUUACCCUGACCUCCCCAAAGGCUACCAGAUCUCUCAGUUCGAUGUCCCCAUUGCCUCUGGCGGCUACGUGGAUGUGGAUAUUCCGUUAGAGUUUGGCGGCGGGCACAGGAGGUUUGGGAUCACGAGGGUUCAUAUGGAGGAAGAUGCUGGCAAGCUGCUGCACUCGGACGCUGGAGAUUACUCUCAGGUAGAUUUGAAUAGAGCAGGGGUUCCUUUGCUUGAGAUUGUGUCUGAGCCUGAUAUGAGGAGUGGGGUUGAGGCGGCUGAGUACGGUAGCGAGAUGCAGAGGAUUGUUAGGUAUUUGGGAGUGAGUAAUGGGAAUAUGCAAGAAGGGUCUCUUCGUUGUGAUGUUAAUAUCUCUAUCCGGCCCAUUGGGCAAGCUGAGUUUGGCACCAAGGUGGAGAUAAAGAAUCUGAAUGCUUUUUCAGCUAUGAGUAGGGCGAUUGACUAUGAGAUAACAAGACAGGCGCUUCUAUACAACCAGGGUCAAGCUGACAAGAUUGUAACCGAGACUCGUCUUUGGGACGAAGGAGCUCAGAAAACAGUAACAAUGAGGAAAAAAGAAGGGCUAGCUGAUUACCGCUACUUCCCAGAGCCAGAUCUUCCUGAAGUGAUACUCACCCAAGAAUACGUUGACAGCAUCCGUGCUUCUUUACCGGAACUUCCUGAGGCGAAACGCAGGAGGUAUGAGGCGAUGGGGCUAGGUAUUCAAGAUGUGCUCUUCCUUGCCAAUGACGUCAGUGUUGCGGAAUAUUUCGAUGAAGUUAUUGGUAAAGGUGCUGAUGUUAAGUCGGCAGCGAAUUGGCUGAUGAGUGAUAUAGCUGCUUACUUGAAGAAUGAGGAGCUUUCUAUAAGUGAUGUGAAACUUACUCCUCAUGAGUUGGCUGAGCUGAUAGCUGCAAUCAAAGAUGAAACCAUUAGUGGAAAGAUUGGUAAACAGAUAUUGUUUGAGCUAUUGGCCAAAGGUGGAACUGUUCAGGGAAUGAUAAAGGAAAAAGACUUGGUUCAGAUAACUGAUCCUGUGGAGAUUGAGAAGAUGAUUAUGAAGGUGAUCUCUGAAUCCCCAAAGCAGCUUGAGCAGUAUCGAAGUGGGAAGACCAAGCUUCAGGGCUUCUUUGCUGGCCAGGUAAUGAAAAUGUCAAAAGGUAAAGCAAACCCGGCUUUGCUUAACAAGAUUCUCCUGGAGAAGCUCAAUGCCAAGGAGUGAUGAUUGAAAGCUUCAGCCUUUUUUUGGCAGAUGUUGAUGUAACACACAAAAUUGCAGAUGAGAUUAGUGAAAGUGUUGUCUUGAGUCGAAAUGGUGGUUCUUUAGAGAUUUUUGUUGAAUUUUUCAGUUUCACAUAGACUGUUGUAAUGGCAAUACAAUGCACAUUGAAUUAGUACAGAAUGAAUCCGUUUGCAUAUGAAAUAAAAGCUAAAUUUUU